CUCCAAAUCCUCCAAUUAUCAACUAAUUAAAAACAAAUGUAUUUAAGAGCUUCUAUGCAUCAUAAAUUUACUAAUCUCUGAUAUUCACGUUUUGCUAAAAGGAGAAAGAGCUGCAUCUUCCACCUUCAUGCUUAGCUGGUCAAGAGUGUUCAUGACUCGUAAUGAAAUCAAAUAGUUAUAUACGGUCAGUGAUCACAUUGGAGCAGCCUAUAUAUAAAUAUGCAAGUAUGCAGCAACAAUCACGUUCAUACUACUUCAAAGUUUAUACUAAUGGUUCCUGCCAAAUUCUUUUUCUUUGUUGCUCUAACUUCAUCAUUGCUGUUCAUUUCUGCGUCUUCUUUUGCUGUUGGGGAUCAUGGCGUCAAUGUUCCAUCUGCUCCAGAAUCUAAGAAUGCUACAUUGACUCCUAGUAACGAUAAGAAAGUUAAUUUGACACUUUACUAUGAAAGUUUGAACCCAGAUGCUGCUCUUUUCCUGGUAAAAGAUCUUAAAGGGGUUUUCGAUAACAAUCUCAUCGACAUUGUUAAUCUCAGACUGGUUCCUUGGGGUAAAGCACGUACCAACCUGUCUAACAACGCCAUUUUGUGCCAGAAUGGCCCAGAUGAAUGCUACUUGAACACGAUACAAGCGUGUGCAAUCGACGUCUGGAGAGUUGUGGACAAGCAUUUCGGUUUUAUUUACUGCAUAGAAUUUCUGGUCAUAGAGGGCAAGCACCGGGAGUGGCAAAGUGCGUGGCAAGAAUGCUCUAGUACAUUAGGAUUGCCUGAAAAACCCAUCAUGGAUUGCUACAACAGUGGAAAUGGAAAAAGGUUACGUAAUUUGAAUCCAGAGUAAUUUAGACUCAUUUCGACGAGAGUCGAAUUGCUU